AUGAUUGUCGUUGUAACCGAAGACAUCCUUUACGAUGUCGAUAAACACCUUGCUAUUAAUCGUCAUCUCGAAGAUGCGUAUUCGCCUACAGCCUCGCAGGAGGCCACAAGGUAAGCGACCCCCAGGUAAGCUGAAUGUUGCUUUGUUGUCUUUGUCUGCUCACCGUCUCCAUUUCAGCAAUGAGCUAGCUCACCGUCUAGACAACCUUCCUAUCGCUGCCGCCGCCGACGACGCCGCCGCCGCUGCAGAGAACGCCUCCGUGGAGAACCGCUGGUGUCAACUGCGUGACACGGUCCAGUCGACGGCGCUCGCCGUCUUCGGUCGCGCUCCCCGCCAACACCAGGACUGGUUCGACGACAACGACGCUGCCAUCAGAAAUCUGCUUGCCGAGAAGAACCGCCUACACCAAGCCUACGUAGAGCACCCAACUGAGGGCAACAAAGCUGCCUUCUACCGCAGUCGCCGACAGCUUCAGCAACGACUGCGCGAGAUGCAGGACGCCUGGACUGCUCGCAAAGCUGAGGAGAUCCAAGGCUACGCGGACCGCAACGAAUGGAAGAACUUCUUCUCCGCGAUCAAAGCUGUCUACGGUCCGCCGACGAAGGGCACUGCUCCUCUCCUCAGCGCCGACGGCAGCACUCUCCUGACUGAGAAGACGCAAAUCCUGCAGCGAUGA